UCUAUCAAAAGAGAUUUGUCUUUAUUGAAAUUUCUCCAGUUACAAUGUCGACUAAACACGUAGAAGAUUUAUCUGAACAUGAUUUACACGAGGAAGAGUGUUUCACACAACUUACGAACAGCGAGGGAAAAGAAAAAAGCGAUGAGAAACCCGAAAGCAGUAGUGCUGUUAAAUCAUUUGAAUCUUUGAUUAUGAACGCUCCCGAAACGGUCGAGACUGAAAUCAAAAAGUUUGAUGAAGGCAAUGCAUCUAAUAUAAACAUAAAGAAACCAGUGUUGCAAAUCCAAAAGAAGAAGAAGAAAGGAGACAAAUCUGUGCAACCUUUGGUAACAAUAAAUCCCUUCUCGGUCCUGGAUGGAGUCGAUGAAUUUAUUGGGGAAAAUAAGAAAUUUGCGGUCAACCCGUUGUAUCGGUCAUCUUCUGAAGAUUCAGAGGAAACAAUUAGCCUACUGAAUGCGGCAGUGGGCGAUGAUGAUCGCGGUGAAUCAAGUAGAUACGUUUUUAAAUAUGAGGAACCACCGAGAAGGAGUAACUUGUGUGAGAGGCUUUUCAGUUUUCUGAGAGUGAAUAAAAAGCGGAAAGAUGAUUAAUUUGAAAACAAAAGUUCGAUUUUCACAAAUUUCUGUUGCUUAUUACACUGAUUCUGACGUUUUAUAUAAAAUAUCAUUGAAAUGUAGUAAUAUUUUAAAUGAAUUUGUUCAUAUUUAUUUAUAAUAAUGUUUGUAUCUAUGUUUAUAACAAUUAGUACUAAAAGUCUAAGCUUCAUGUAUAAAAGUCAUGCUUUGGUAUAGAUAAUAAGCAACUUAUUAUCUAUACCUGAGUUGUGACGUUGGCAAAUUGUCAAUUUACCGACAUUGCUAAACACUUGAUUUUUUAAAACUUAUAAAUUAACAAUAAAGAUAAUUGUAUAAGUUCA